AAAAUGGAAAGAAUAUCGUCGAUGGAAAGAACGAAACAGUAAUCAAUGGAUAGAAGCAAUUCUUCUCGAUGGAAAGAACAGAAACAGUAAUCAAUGGACAGAAGCAAUUCUUAGUGGUGAUAUGUGGGAUCCACUUGAACGGAUUUGACUUUUUUGACCACGGUAGCAUGACAUGGCAAAAGUUGUUGUGCACGUCAUCACUUUUUUAAAUUUUGCCCUCCACAUCAUCAAAAAAAAUAUUAAAAAUGCCACGGAAGCAGAGUUAACGUUGAUGAUUUUGGUUGAUGAUGCUGGUGGAGCUUUUCCAUCCAUCAAUCACUCUCCGUGGUUCGGUGUGACAAUAGCAGAUUUUGUAAUGCCAUUUUUUCUUUUUGGGGUUGGUGUCUCUAUUAGUCUUGUGCUCAAGAAAGCUUCUAGCAAACUGAUGGCAACAAAGAAAGUUGUACUGAGGGCAAUCAAACUCUUUCUAUUGGGCUUGUUGCUACAAGGUGGGUAUUUCCAUGGGCGUAACAACUUAACAUAUGGAGUUGAUGUGGACAAAAUACGAUGGCUAGGUGUACUACAGAGGAUAUCGAUUGGAUAUCUACUGACUUCACUAUCAGAAAUCUGGCUUGUUAACAAUAUCAUGGUUGACUCUGCAGCAGCGUUUGUGAGGAAAUACUAUGUUCAGUGGAUUUUUGCUCUCCUACUAUUAACAUUUUACAUGUGCUUGCUGUAUGGUCUUUAUGUUCCAAACUGGGAAUUUCAAUCUCCAAGCAUGGAUGUGUCAGUUUAUGGAUCUGAUACUCAAACUGUGCGCUGUGGAGUCAGGGGGAGUCUUGAACCUCCUUGCAAUGCAGUUGGUUAUAUUGAUCGUUAUUUCCUUGGUGAGCAACAUCUAUAUCAGCGUCCUGUGUACAGAAGGACAAAGGAAUGCAGUGUUAAUUCUCCUGACUAUGGUGCCCUACCAUUAGAUUCACCAGUGUGGUGCCUUGCUUCUUUUGAUCCUGAGGGCAUCUUAAGCUCAUUGAUGGCUGUCCUCACGUGUUUCAUGGGAUUGCACUUUGGGCAUAUACUUCUGCUUUUUAAGGAACAAAUGCAGAAUGUACUUUUGUGGUUCACAUCUUCUUCCCUGUUAUUAGUUUCAGGAUAUAUUCUACAUGUGCUAGGCAUUCCUUUCUCCAAACCACUGUACACAUUGAGCUAUAUGUGCAUCACAGCAGGAGCUUCAGGCUUGCUCUUAACCAUUAUCUUUUACAUUGUGGACGUCAAACAUUUUAGAAAGCCCACCUCAUUACUACAGUGGGUAGGAAUGAAUGCCCUCAUAAUAUAUGCUUUGGCAGCUUGUGAGAUUUUCCCAGCAGUUGUGCAAGGUUUCUAUUGGCGUUCCCCAGAGAAUAACUUGGUUGAUGCCACACAAUCAUUGCUACAGACAAUGCUUCAUUCAAAGAAGUGGGGUACUCUGUUAUUUGUAAUGCUUGAGAUUUUGUUCUGGUGUCUUGUCGCCGGUCUUCUCCAUGUGAAGGGCAUAUACAUAAGACUCUAAGAUUUUUACACACAGUUUGUAUAUUCUCCUCUGAAUAGCAAGCCAUUCUUGUGUCUAGAACAGAAGUUAGCACACCUGUAUAAAAUGAUAUGGUUCUCUUGGUCAAUGGGGCACCAGCGUUUGUAAUUUUUCGGUACUCUAGUCUUCUAUCCGAUUAGCUUUAGAUCCAGAACUCUAAUCAUUUUACUGCACGUUGCAGAGAACUUAGAUGGUCACAGAAAUCCUUUUUACAUGCUCCACAAAUUCUGCUGGUUAAGUCAAUGUCAUAUAAGGUUUAUAUGUAGGAUCUUCUUUAGAGCUCCUGUUGUGAGUAUCCUACCUAUAUUGGUCCGUGAUUAUACGGCCAUUGUAGCCAAGAGUAGACAACAGGCAUUUUGAGACACAACAGACAGCACAUUCUGUCAAUAUCACUCCAUUCCUUUCAACAGGAAAAGGAGGGAAAAUGAUCAAAGCAAAAGGUUCCAUAGUGUGUACUGCGGCUCUCCUUAUUCAUAAUGGCAAUGGGUGACAAAGUGCGGAUCUUUAGGUUUAAAAAGCUGGAGACAGCUCACAUGGACUGAACUGCAGAACUUGUUUUCUUCUAUGCUAGCUCUAAUGGCUUUUGCAAAGUGAAAAUAUGGUUUGUUAGACGACACGUCGGACAUGACAGUGACUGUGCUAAGACAAACAGUGUAAUUUGAAGGACCAUUUCUCUAACCUCCCAAUUCAUUGGAUGGUUUUGCAGUAGUGGAUUUCCUUUUCUUCCUCCGUUUAUAUAUAUUAUUUGUGAAAUUUCAAGGGAAAUAAACUGCUCAACUUAAC